UUCUCGCAGAGGAAGUGUGCGGCUUGUUUAGCAAGAGCUGCGCUGCAGGAUAGGCUGAACUUCUCCAAAGCCUCGCUUCAGCCGCCUUCAUGCUUCCGAUUUGAACCUGCUGCUCUUUCACCAGCAUCAGACAAAACAUGUACUCUGGAUUCCAUCAGUGAAACAACCGAGGGGACAGGAAAAGGGGCACCAUGCUUGGUGUCUGAAUGCAAGUUUUGAAGCUAGCGCUUCGAAGGAAUUGAAGAGAACAAUGGGGAACACUAUGAAAACCGUGAAAACCAUUCCUGAGAUAAACAACACGCACUGGCAAACUGGCCACAGAAGUGAAUUUCUUGCAGUCCUUGAUGACUAUCCCACUCCAGAUAUAAGCCAGCCUAUUUUUCAAGUUGGGGAGAAACUCCGCGUGAUAUCAGAUGAAGGAGGCUGGUGGAGAGCCCGUUCCCUCACUACAGGACUAGAAAAUUACAUCCCAGAAAAAUAUGUAGCCAAAGUUUACCAUGGUUGGCUAUUUGAAGGUUUAGGAAGGCAAAAAGCUGAAGAACUUUUGCUACUUCCCAAUACUAAGGCUGGCUCUUUCAUGAUUAGAAACAGUGAAACAACAAAAGGUUUAUAUUCCUUAUCAGUCCGGCACGUACAUGUGAAACAUUACAGAAUCUUCCGCCUGCCAAACAACUGGUAUUACAUCUCUCCUCGACAAACUUUUCAGUGCCUGGAGGACCUUGUAAAUCACUACUCUGAGGUGGCAGAUGGGCUCUGCUGCAUACUCACAACCCCCUGCCUCACUCAACACACUAUCAGCAGUGACACAACGGAUCUAGAGCCUCCUGUGGUGAUGCGCAACAAAACCUUCACGUGGAAAGACAAGCAGAGGUCAAAAGAGAAUGAUGACGAAAUUGAAGAUAUGCUUGCAAUGGAGGAUUCUGGCAUCAGCUACGGUCUCCGGAACAGUAUCACCUCCUACCUUGCCCUAACCAGGGAAGACCAUUCUUAUAUGAGCAACAGGAAAAAGAAAACCCAGUCUGUCAUAUACCGGAGCAAGUACAAAUCACAACUACCCUUCAUGUAUCACGAGGACUGAACAUGAGAAAACGGGAGACAACUAUGACGGCACUGAAAUACUGCAUGUUCAAAUAGUAACUUUUUUUUUUUUUUUUUUGAACUCUUGGAAAUAUCACAGUCGUCCUAUUCCUGACUAGGACAGGCCACACCCGCAGAGACAGGACCUGGAGUUUAGGUUUGGAGUUUGCACAAAAACAAAUAAAAACAAGGUUUUUGUAAGAAAGGCUGUGCUCACAGGAACAGAAAAAAUUGUGCAUCUAUUGGGCCAUUCAGAUUUGAACAUCUGCAUGUCUGUAGACUAUCAACCCAAUUAAAAAUGCUUGCUGCGCCACAUUACAGACACUAUUGAAGACACAACAAUUACGUUUUUCAAAAAGACAUUUCCCAACUCAUCCAGCUAUUCUAUAUUUUCCCCUCUAAGGAUACAUAGCGUGGUCAUUCAGCCAGUAGUUUGGAAACAAAAUGAUGUCUUCUAAGAAUAAGGCUGAAGUUUCUAAAUACUCAAGGGAAUGGACCAACUCUGAGAGCUUUCAGGACCUACAAACUAUUGAGGGCAUCAGAAAAUGCUCAUCUCAUGGUUUGAAAAGAUUUCCAAACCCUCACUGAAUGAGGAAUGCAGAAGUCCCCCUCCAAGAGCAUGGGUCACUAUCUAAUGGCAAUACUGGAUACUCUUGGGAAGCUUACAGCAUUACAAAACUGAGUUAUAGAGUUGGAAGAUUAUAACGCUGAACUCUCUGUCUUACAAAUGAUCAUCCGGAAAGCCUUUGGUCUGGCCACAUAGGGAGUCUGGACCAUGGACUGUCAUCAGCAGAAAACAUGAGCAGGCCAAGUCUAUCUCCCAAAGGACCUGCAGAAUGAACAAGGUGCGGAGUUGCAUGUUCAACUAAAUCGAGCUCUAGAGAUUGUCCUAGAAGACAAACAGCAGGUGGAAGAAUUGCCUGUUUUUAACACUGCCCACAUAAAACAUUCAGUUUAAGUGAAAAAAACACAGGAAGUCAGCUAGGUUAGGAGAUCCGUCUUUGUGUAGAGACGUUUUUAAAAAAUGGAGCAUUCACCUGCGGUCUGAAAUGCUACAGUCAUUUACUGCCGCGAUGGUAGAUCUGCCUAUAUGAGAUCCAGAACAACCCCAGAACUAGCAUCCCUUCAUUUGUACAGAGAUAACUGAAUCUCAUCUUCAACCCCACACGUUCCUCAAAUUUGUAUAUAUAAACUUAUUUAUAUGGUGAGACCAUUGUAAAUUGUAUUACAGUGUAUGGCCCUUCGAUGAGCCUGAAGACAUGUAUAAAAACUGUUUUUAAAUAACUGAAUAAAAUGUUAUAAAAUGAACAAUA